AUGAGGGUGUCGAGAAAGGCUGCAAAAACGCAACAGGCUAUCAAGGAAGAGGAUAUGCAAGUGCAGAUUGUUGAGAGAUCUUCAGCUAUUGAUGUUGCCAAAGAGGAAGCUGCUCGUAUAGAACGCGCUCUUAAUGCAAGUGUCCGUUUGCCUGCCGAUGCGGAGAAGUACCGUUUAGAAAAAGUAGCGCAAGCGGAAAAGAAACGAAUUAUUUUGGAAGCUGAAGCACAGGCAGAAGCAGAACGGGUAAAAGGAGAAGCUGAUGCUUACGCAAUUGGUAUUAAAACGGUUGCGGAAGCAAAGCAACUACAGAAAAAAGCCGCGGCAUAUGAUGAGUUUGGUGACGCUGCUCGUGCAGAAAUGACCCUAAGCACGCUUCCGAAAGUAGCUGAGGAGGUUGGUACAGCGAUUUAUGAUGGCCUUGAAGAGAUUAAAUUGAUUUCAACAGGAAAUGGAGAUGUAGGUGUGGCGAAAGUUACUGGAGAGGUUCUUGACGUAAUCAAAAGCAUAACAAAGUUAACGUCAAACAUCACUGGUGUUCAAGUAUUUGAGGGCGAGCCUACGCGACAAGAAAAUCAGAAAGGUCGUUAG